AUGCCUCGGUACGCUCAGCUGGUUAUGGGCCCCGCCGGCAGCGGGAAGAGCACUUACUGUGCCACCAUGGUGCAGCACUGCGAAGCCCUCAAUCGGUCUGUCCAAGUUGUGAACCUGGAUCCUGCAGCAGAACAUUUCAACUACUCCGUGAUGGCUGACAUCCGGGAACUGAUUGAGGUGGAUGACGUGAUGGAAGACAAUACUCUGCAAUUUGGCCCCAAUGGAGGAUUGGUAUUUUGCAUGGAGUACUUUGCCAAUAAUUUUGACUGGCUAGAGAACUGUCUUGGCCAUGUAGAGGAUGACUACAUCCUUUUUGAUUGUCCGGGUCAGAUCGAGUUGUACACUCACCUGCCUGUGAUGAAACAGCUGGUCCAGCAGCUGGAACAGUGGGAGUUUCGAGUCUGUGGAGUUUUUCUUGUUGAUUCUCAGUUCAUGGUGGAGUCGUUCAAGUUUAUUUCUGGCAUUUUGGCAGCGCUGAGUGCUAUGAUCUCUCUAGAAAUUCCUCAAGUUAACAUCAUGACGAAAAUGGAUCUGCUGAGUAAGAAAGCUAAAAAGGAAAUUGAGAAGUUUCUAGAUCCAGAUAUGUAUUCUUUAUUAGAUGACUCUACAAGUGAUUUAAGAAGCAAAAAAUUCAAAAAAUUGACUAACGCUAUAUGUGGACUGAUUGAUGACUACAGCAUGGUUCGAUUUUUGCCUUAUGAUCAGUCAGAUGAAGAAAGCAUGAACAUUGUAUUACAGCAUAUUGAUUUUGCCAUCCAGUAUGGAGAAGACUUGGAAUUUAAAGAACCAAAGGAACAUGAAGAUGAGUCGUCUUCUAUGUUUGAUGAAUAUUUUCAAGAACACCAGAAUGAAUGA